AAAAAAAAUGUAAUCUCGGGAAUUGAGAUAACAUCAAAGAGUUAAAAAAUUGGUUUUUUGAUGAAGAUGGGAUUGAGAUCAAUCGUUCAUCUCAGCUCCAUCACUCUCUGCAUGCACCACACUCAAACUCAAAUUCAGUUUCAACGUUUUGGGUUCCCUUAUUCUAAGUCCAAAAACUUGUUACCCUCACUAUCCACUACUCCAAGUUGGGGUAUUAAGCUAAAGUCAAACACUUUAUCUUUAUCUUUGUCUUUGAUGGCUAGUGCUACCCAUUUUCAGGUCUCGGCAGAAGAUGGUUCUGUUCCCAGUCAAGAAUUGGGGUCUUCACCUUCUCAUGCAAUUGGACAACACGACCUUCUCAUCGUUGGUCCUGGUGUUCUUGGUCGUUUGGUUGCUCAGAAAUGGCGUGAGGAAUAUCCGGGUUGUCAAGUUUUUGGACAAACUGUAACCACUAAUCAUCAUGAAGAGUUGAUUAAAUUGGGUAUUAGUCCCUCUUUGAAGUGGACAAAAGAAGACUACAAAUUCCCUUAUGUGAUUUUCUGUGCUCCACCUUACCAAUCUGCAGACUACCCUGGUGAUCUAAGGCAAGCUGCUUUGUGCUGGAAUGGCGAAGGUGCUUUUCUGUUUACAUCAAGUUCUGCUCCGUAUGAUUGUAACGACAAUGGCUUUUGUGAUGAGGAUACUCCGGUUGUGCCAUUUGGGAGGAGCCCCAGGACCGACGUCCUUCUUAAAGCUGAAAAUGUUGUGCUGGAGUUCGGCGGCUCUGUCGUAAGGCUGUCCGGACUUUAUAAAGAAGAUAGAGGCGCACACGUUUAUUGGUUAGAGAAGGGGAUUGUCGAAUCUCGACCUGACCACAUCCUGAAUCUUAUACAUUAUGAGGAUGCAGCUUCCCUUUCGAUUACAAUCUUGAAGAAGAAAUGUCGCAGAAAGAUUUUCUUGGGUUGUGAUAACCACCCUUUAUCCAGGCAGGAAGUGAUGGAUCUAGUCAACCAAAGUGGGAAAUUUAGUAAAAGAUUUGAGAAAUUCACAGGAACCGAUGAUCCUCUAGGUAAGAGAUUAAACAACUCGAGAACGCGCGCCGAGCUAGGUUGGGAGCCCAAGUACACUAGCUUUGCACAUUUUCUUGAGACCCUCUGAAUGAUUAUAACUGCUGAUGAGUGUAUCAUAAUUUGGUGUUGAAACCAACUUAUUCUGUUGUGGCUAAAGUGCUGAGGUUUAUAGUAUUUUUUUUUAUCCCACAUUCUUGUACAGAAAGGAUCAUCAUCAUUCACCAGUUGUUAAAUGGCCUCAAUUUCAUUGUGGGCAAUUAUAUUUAUACAUUCA